CGCGCGAGGAGGAGAUAAGUCAUUUCUAUAACUGGCUAAUGGUUAACAACUGAUGCCCGCGAUUUUUACGUCUUGAGCUGACUGGCUGACGGUCAGCGUACUCCCGCGUGAAUUCAAGAUGGCUAUGCAACAGAGAAAGCUGCAAGAGGGAAUUUUAUUGAUAAAGGAAGCGGAAAAAUGUAUGAAGACAAGUUGGCUGAAAUGGAAACCAGACUAUGAUAGCGCAGCAGACAAAUACAUGAAAGCUGGCACAUGUUUUAAAGCAGCAAAGUCAUACCCAGAAGCACAAGAUGCUUUCAAGAAAUCUGCCGAUGCACACUACAAUUCACAUGCAACGUUUCACGCUGCAAAAGCACUAGAACAGGCGGCUACAGUAUUGAAAGAAAUGAAAAGAGUCCAUGAAGCUGUGGACCUCAUUGAGAAAGCAGGUUUUUAUUACAGAGAGAGUGGCUCGGCAGACACAGCUGCAAUGGCCCUCAUCAGAGGAGCUAAGAUGUGCGACAGCCUAGAACAGCCAGAAAAGGCCAUUGAAUUGUUCCUAAAUGCUGGUGAUCUGAACAUAGCUGAGGACAAGAUAAGAGAAGCUAUUGAGCCAAUCACAAGUGCUGCACGACUUCAGCUGAAGAGUAAAAAGCUGGCAGAAGGCAUUGAGACAUACAAGAAGAUAUUAGACUUAUUUCAGCAGAUUGAAAAUCUACAAAUGAUGUACAAGACGGUGCUGAGUUUGAUAGUGGUCUAUCUACACGAGGGGGACUAUGUUGCUGCUGAUAGAUGCUUCAAGGAUGCCUGCGGGAUACCUGGCUUCACAAAUUCUGAUGAAGCCCAGGCUGGAGAAAGAGUGUUGGAAUGUUUUGACCAAGGAGACUCUGAUGGAAUCGCUUCCUGUGCAGCACAGCCUUUAUUCACCUACCUAGAUAAUGAGAUUGCAAAAUUGUCUAGAAGCCUGAGGGCCCCAGGUGACAUAAUUACCACAAAACCUGUUACAAUAAACACAGUUUUUGAAAAGCCAAGACCACCAGACCCUGUUCAGACAGAAACAGCUCUGGAUGCUGAUACAGAACAACCUACUGGCCCAGAAACAGUCGAGGAAGAAGAGGAAGAGGAUGAAUUUGCUGGUGGUCUUUGUUAACAGGGAUUGAACAGACAUACAGUGAUGUACAGAUGGCCAUAGAGAUUGUAAAAAGGAAAGAUGGGCAGAUAGAAAAAAUAAAACAGGCAUAAAGCAGGCACAUAGCUAAGGGCUGGGACUUUUUUCAUAUGACAUCCCCCAUUAAACCCUGGCUAUGCUCCUGGACAAACUGGCAGGCAGAUGGUAUUAUUUGGAAUAACUGUUUCCAGAAGACUUUCCCAUUAUGUUUAUUAUAACACUUUUAUAUACAAAAAAACAGCAAUAAUAACCUCAAAAACAAAUGAUAAACUUACAUCAAACAAACUUACAUUUGUUUAACAUGUAGGAACAAAUUACACGAUUUCUGGUGCAUUUAGUACUUGGGACAAUUUAGAUUCUAAUUUAUAUUGUGUAAAUAAAAAAAAUUCUUAAUAA